AUGUCCUCCGGCCUCCCAACGACUGUACCAGUGAACCAGUCAUUCUUAACCUCUCCGCUCCAACUCCCCUUCCUUGGCCCCUUCUUUCAAGCAUCCUCAAUCUCCCCUGCAGCUCUUGCUCAGCAAAACCUGAAGCUCAGACGUGUCCGUCAACGAGUCGACGCCGGUGAGCCGAGGAACUCUUAUCCGAAUCAACGUCCCUGUGACCUCAACACUACCGGAAACUCAGCCAUGGAACAGCUAUCCAACCUUUUCCCGUGGAUGUCCCGAAAAGAGGACACGCACUCGGAUGAGAAGGAAGACGCUGAAAGCGACGUUGAGAAGACGGAGGAGCCUGAGCUGCUCGAGAACAUGACUGAUACUGGAGUGCCAAGUCCGAUUGCGCUAGAGAAGCUUGAGGAUAGCACCAGCAUCGAGAAGCUGGAGGAACUCCCAAUCGAGCGAAGCGGAAGCGGCGGCUCCAACUCAUCGUCGUCGCGCAGGAAAUGUGCUCAACCCAAGAAGGAAGUCUUCCACGAUGAACCACCAAAAGAAUGGGAUGCUCUUGAGAACGAGAAUACUGAUGACCCCUCUGAUUCUUUGGAUGGAGAAGCGGAGAGUGAUAAGCCUGCUUCAAAGCUUCCUGGCAUCACUCCGGAAACUGUCAGUGCCCUACAAAAUCAGCUGAACGGUCCCAACAAGCUGGCGGAGAUGAUCGAGGUCCAGAGGAGAUUCCUCAUGGAAAACCAGAAGAAAUUCGGAGCUGUUGAGGAAAAGGGAAAGCUGCAAAAUGACGUGAGCAAGUUGACGCACUCCCUGAAACAGGUGUUGAAUGACUCGUUGCAAGUUUCGAUUGACAAGAUCAUUAACACUUGGACUGGAGCUCUAUUGCAAAGGAUUCAAGCUGAUGCUCUUGCACAAGUUCAACAGCAGCAACAACAACAACAGCAACAACAACAACAACAACAAAUGCCACGCAACCUGCUCUUCCCUAACAAUUUUUCCCUCCCUUUGCUCAAGCAGCUCAAGCUCAACUUGGAAAUCCUUUCGGAAUGCCGCCAGGAGGUGGCAUCUUCCCGAAUGCAUUCCCCGGAUUCAAUCCCUUGGCUGCUCUUAAUGCAAACCUGCGACGGUCUGCGGCUUUUGAUGAAGAUAUGCCAAAGAAGAAACGGAACAAGGUCACCGAUUCCGUACGAAAAAUCGAUCACUCAUCACCAUCAAGUGCUCGUGGGAGUCCACAGC